AUGAAACUGAACAUAGAUGCGUCAUUGCUUCCAGGUGAGUUCCUUUGUUUUGUCGCCAGAAUCGCUAGGGAUGGAGCUGGGUGCGUCAUCGAUGGCUUCGCAGCAGAAGCUAGGGUUUCCUCGGCGUCUUACGUGGAAGCUGAAGCAGUUCUACACGGGAUAUGCUAUCUCAAGGACUUAAAGUCGAGACACGUGCAAGACGCCAGAAGUCAAGAAGUUCAAUGGACUUGUGAAAGCGACAGCUUAGCGGUGGUGGAAUUUGUCAUGGGCCGAGCCAAGAUACCUUGGAAUUUAAAAGAAAUUAUUCAACGCUACCGAGAAGAUAUAUCCCUAUGCAACAACGUUUCAGUAACCUAUUGUCCUCGUGAUGCAAACAAAGCUGCAGAUUGGCUGAUUAUCCAGGCGAGCAUGACCUUGUUCACCAAGGCCGCAGUCAAUGGUGGCAUGAAAAGCUUCGUCUUCAUCUUCUACCGGCAACUUGCCGGAACCAUUUUCUUGCUCAUGUUGGCCACGAUCUUCGAUAGGAGAUCUGUAACUCAGCUCACGUUCCUCAUCAUCUUCAAGAUCUCCGCUGUCGCUUUCAUAGGUAUCACGCUAGCUAUGAAUCUCUAUGGGAUUGCGCUCCUCUAUAUUUCAGCAUCACUAGCGUCUGCAACUAUUAACUGCGUACCUGUUUCAACUUUCUUCUUCGCUGUUCUUUUCAGGACGGAGAAGCUGAAUGUGAGGAAAAUAGAGGGAGUUGCGAAGCUUGUAGGAAUAACAAUUUGCAUGGGAGGAGUGGCCACCCUUGCUUUCUUCAAGGGACCAAUUCUAAAUCCUCCUCCUUUUGCCUUCCAUAGUGCACAUCAGCAACACCACGUUUCAUCAUCGAGAAGCACAAGAUGGAUCAUAGGUUGCCUCCUCUCGUUCAUUUCAGCCUCCUCCUGGGGCUUAUGGAAUGUUCUGCAGGCUGAAGUAUUAAAAACCUAUCCAUCGAAGCUUCACUUCACAUGUCUUCAGUGUUUAUCAAGCACAGUUCAGUCGUUUCUCGUGGCAAUUGCUGAAGAAAGAGACUUUUCUGAGUGGAAGUUGGCUUGGAAUGUCAAACUACUUGCGAUCCUUUAUUGUGGAAUCAUUGUCACUGGAGUUUCUUUCUACCUACAAUCAUGGGUGAUUGCAAUGAAGGGACCAGUAUUCUAUGCCAUGUUUAUACCCCUGAAUCCAAUCAUAACGAUGAUCAGUUCCAUGUUCAUCCUGGGUGAGAGCAUAUAUUUUGGGAGCAUUGUUGGCGAGAUAAUGUUGGUAGUAGGCUUGUACAGUGUCUUAUGGGGACAAAAGAAUGAGCAAAAUCUAGCCAUCGAAAGUCCCUUACCAGUUCAAGCUGAGAAGAUAUGCAUAAAUGCAGAAGAUCAGAAGCAUGAAAAUGCUUAA